AUGUCGUCGCCGGAGCCGCGCCGCGCACAGCAACGUCGCAGGCUUCCCGCGCCCGCCACUCCCGCCGCCUGUGGCGGCGGCGACGCCGGCGCUCUGCCCUUGGACGCGCUGUGCGAGAUCCUGCUGCGUCUCCCGGGCAAGCAGCUCUGCCGGCUGCGCACCGUGUGCCGGGCGUGGCGGUCCCUCCUCUCCGCCCCGUGGUUCGCCGCCGCGCACGCCGCGCGACGCCCGGAGCCCUACAUCGUUGCGUCCUACGCCGACGACGUGGACCUGGACCGCGACAGCCUCGUCGACGUCCUGGACAUGUCGUCGGGCCAGAUCGUCAGGCACGUGGCGGCAGGGAACGCGAGCGACAUGGUCGUGAGCGUGGCGGCCUCCGGUCUCGUCUGCGUCAAGACGAUCGACAGCGGCAGCUUCCGGUUGCUCGACCCGGUCACCGGAGCCGUGCACAAUUUAUCAGACAGGCUCGCACCAGAGCACGCUGCGCGAGGGUUCAGCCUGCGCGACUAUGGGGAGCCCGUGCACAUGUUUGGGCAGGUCGCCGGAACAUGCGAGCUCAAGGUGCUGCGGAUGCUUCCAUUUCGACAACGGCACGACGGCGGUGGCAGCGACCGUGACGACCUGUUUGAGGUCUGCACAUUCAGCAGCAGUGCACGGUGGAGGGGAAUGCAGGGACCUCCGAGGUCUUUCGUGUGGAAUGAAUGGACCAGGGUGGUCGUCGGUGGGGUGGUCUACUGCUUAAGCGUGGCGGCGUAUUUCGCCGUCGUGAAUCGCAGAGCCGAUGAGCAAGGCUGGAUAGUCCCGUUCGAUCUCGAGGCGGAGGAAUGGAGGCCAAGAAUCAAGGGACCCAGCGACCUCGUUGGUGGUGGCGGCCGGCACAAUUUGUAUCUGAAGCAGGUUACAUUGGCCAACCUGAAUGGUUCCUUGGUCAUUGUUCAUGGUUCAAGCCGUAAGAAGGAGGAUACCUUGACUGCUCCUAUGGUCACUCUUGUCCCCCUCUCUGCUGCUGACGCUACUUCGACAAGGGCGGAUUUGAUCAUCCUUAGCAGUGACAGUGAAGAUGAGGUUGAUUGGGAGGCGCUCGGCGCCGAAGACGAAGUCGACUGGGGCACCCUUGCUGUCGAAAAUGACGAUGAUGUCGAAUUUGUGGGUAGCGGGUCUCUGGCGAGGAACUGA